CUAGCGGUGUCGAUGUCGGCAGUCAGUAGAGCACGCCCGACGUACGUAGUGCGCGCGUCGCGAACCGAUUUAAAAAAAAAGGAAUUUCGGAAAAAAUAUAUCGAAAAUUGUACGAAUAAUAUUGUUUGUUAAUUUGAAUAUUGCAUGGACGCUAUUCAGUGAUUGGAUCUCGAAUUUUACGCCCGGAAUACUUCAAUUCUCUUCCUUGGACAGUUUCCUACACAAAAAUGUCUAAAUUAAAAUAGCAUUUUGAUCUUCAAACACCAGAGGAGUGCAAUACGAUGUUGUUUUCUCAUUAACGUCGCAACAAGCCUUCUCAUAUGCACAGAGAAACUUACAACGUGUUCAGAGAUUCACUAAAAUUACGUCAAAAAUUACUACAAAGGACAACAACGUACUUUAAAGUAGUCGAAUUCGUUAAAAAAGACGCAAUACGAUACUUCACGUACGACUACGAAAUACAUCAAUAGCGUAUUAUGAACAUAUUCAUAGGCAAUCAUUCUAAUAAUCUUGUUAAACUUAAACAUUAAAAAGACAAUAAAAUAAUCGUCGAAGUGUCGAAGUAUAAAUCAAUUAAAAUAAUAAUAAUUUUAAGUAGAGCAAUUUCGAAUUGAUUCUAAAUUAAAAACUAAAUAAAUUAAAAAAGUUAACUACUAAAAAAUAGCAUAGAUAAAAAAUAUCGAUUUGACAGCUAAGAUUGACAGUUAAAAUGGCGGGAAAGGCUGAAGCGAUUGGGCCGAGAAACGGUCAUGAGUUGGCGCCUUUGAACGCUCGCGCUGACGGCAGCGAGCGACCUCAUGGAGUUACCAUCGUACUCCAGGGCUCAAGGGGCUCUCUGCAAAGAGAGGCUCCUGAUGAAGACCGUGCGGCCUGGUCAGGCAAACUGCAGUUCUUCCUAUCCAUCAUCGGAUACUCAGUUGGUCUUGGAAAUAUUUGGCGGUUCCCGUACCUGUGCCAGCAGAAUGGAGGAGGAGCGUUCCUCAUCCCGUUCCUGAUCAUGUUGGUGUUGGAAGGGAUCCCUCUCUUCCUGAUAGAGAUGGCUAUCGGCCAGAAGAUGCGGCUCGGCUCCCUGGGCGUGUGGAACACCAUACACCCGUGGCUCGGCGGUAUCGGCAUAUCCAGCUGCAUGGUCACUCUCUUUGUGGCCCUGUACUACAACGUCAUCAUCACUUGGGUGUUCUUCUAUCUGUUUAAUAGUAUUCGGCUGUCUGCCGACUCUCUACCCUGGGCCCACUGCCCCGUUGACAACGGCACUCGUGAGGCAGAAUGCAACAAGGCUUCCUCGACCGUCUACUUCUGGUACCGCGAAGCUUUGGACGCGUCGCCUUCCAUCGACGAGCCAGGAGUACCGAGGUGGUGGAUUGUUCUGUAUCUCCUUCUGGCUUGGAUCAUCGUCUUCUUUAUUGUGAUGAAGGGGAUCCAGAGCAGUGGAAAGGUCGUGUAUUUUACAUCUCUGUUCCCGUACAUCGUGCUGACAAUCUUCUUCAUCAGAGGCGUCACGCUCCCUGGUUCUGCCGACGGCAUCAUCCAUAUGUAUAAACCGAAGCUGGAGAAGUUACUAGAUCCAACAGUUUGGUUGGACGCGGCGACUCAAGUCUUCUACUCGUUCGGGCUUGCUUUCGGAUCGCUCAUCGCCUUCGGUUCCUAUAACCCUCCGAACAACAACUGUGUGAGGGAUGUCCUCUUGGUCUCCGUGUGUAAUGCCCUCACUGCCAUCUACGCGUCCGUCGUGAUCUUCAGCAUACUUGGAUUCAAGGCGUUCACCAUGGUAGAGACGUGCAUGACCAAGGAGAUCAAGAUCCUGGCAGCCCUGAACGUGUCAGGGUUCACUCCGACCUCCUCCCACGACUAUUACCGCGAGGAGUUCGACAACCUGAACGAUAGUCUGGUGGCCAAGUACAACCUCACUGGGUGUACCAUGAGCAGGCAGUUGGAAGAGGCGGCUGAGGGCACCGGUUUAGCCUUCAUCGUGUUCACGCAAGCGAUCCUCAAGCUGACUCCAGCUCCGUUCUGGUCCAUCAUCUUCUUCAUGAUGCUGCUCUCCUUGGGGCUCGGCAGUCAGAUCGGCAUCAUGGAAGGCAUGCUGUGCACCAUCUUCGAUAUCGACUUCUUCAAACGACUUAGCAAGCCUGUUAUUACUGGUAUUGUCUGCACAUUCUGUUUCUUCGUGGGCCUGAUAUUCACGACGGGCGCCGGCGAGUACUGGCUCAAGAUGUUCGACUCCUUCGCCGGCACCAUCGGCCUGGUCGUCGUCGCGCUGCUUGAGAUGGUCGCUGUUAUUUAUAUCUAUGGGCAUGUCAGGUUCACCAACGACAUAUACGAGAUGACGGGCUACCGGCCGGGCCUGUACUGGCAGAUCACCUGGAGAUACGUCGGCCCGUUCAUCGUGACCUGCAUCCUGCUCUCCUCGCUCGUCUUCAUGCUCAUCAACCCCCCCACUUACGGCGCUUGGAAUGCUGAUGAGGGUCGCGUAGUAAAGACUCCGUAUCCGACCUGGGUCCUUGUGAUCGCAGUACUGAUGAUACUGGCAGGAGUUCUACCAAUACCUGUGGUCCUUCUGCUGCGCCGCUUCCAGUGCCUGCAGUUCGACGUGGACAUCCACCAGGGAUCCAUCAGGAGGAUCGAGACUACUGUUUCUACCAAGGAGAUGAUGAGCGAUCAAGAUUCUUCAGAUUCAGAGGACAACAUCCGCACGACCGGCCGCUUCGACGACUCGAGCAGUAGUGACGAAGAAAUUCUAAAUACAAAUAGCACAAAAGGAAACGUUCGUAGACUAGCGAUGAAGCCCAUUGGUCGAAAGCCGACCACAUUCAAAAUGGACGUCGUCGACGAAUGACCGUUACUUUUGAAAUUCACAUUUCUUUUUUCAAAUAUAUUAUUCGAAACCGCCAAAACAAUUGCAUUGUGUAGAAUUAAAUUAUUUAAGUCUUGGGCGGUUUAUUUAUGAAACUUUGAAUAUUCCAUUUUCCAGACAAUAUUUGAAUUAAACUUCUCAUUUUUAUCGUAUGUAUUAUAAUCAGUAUAAUAGACAACAAAUCAUUUAGGUGUAAGCAGAAACGAAGGGAAAGACUUAGGAAGAUUGAAGGAAAGGUAAGAUAUUUCUAUUUCAGGAUGGUUAAAUUUAACACUUAGAAAGUUAGUUGAUAAAUAAAAUUACUUUUGUCAAAUUGUAAUAUUGUAAUUUUAAGAGCGACCCCUCCAUACUUAUAAGAAUACUGAUCGAAUAGUAUUUUUAGGGGAAACAUCAAAAAGGGGGGGAAAGUCAGGAGUUGAUUUUACCUUUAGGAGUCAAACUUACCCUUUGAAGAUCUGAGUCAGUGUAAUUGCAAAAGCUUUCAUGGAACACGUGGGGUAAAUAAAAGUGAGUUUUUACCUAAGGGUAAAACUAACUCCUAAUUAUGAUUGGUAUACAUAAUUUGUAUAAUUGUUGACGAUAUUUAUCAAAAUUGUUGAAUUUUCAUGCACACAGACUUUAAAUAGUGUAACAUCAUAGCAGUUUUAGCUAUAGCUCUUAUUUCAAUAAGGAUAAGGAUUAAAAUCUCGUGUCUAAAAAAUCAAUCUUAGGGAGCGUGUUUUAAAAUUUAACGAGAUCGAGAUUAUGGGUUCCAUUUUAACAGAUAAAGUAGGAAAAAUUUAUAAAAGAAAAAGAAGUUAAUAAACCAUUAAAAAUUGUAACGGAUUCGUUGGAAUCGGAUGAAAUUUCUUCAUAUUUUUAUAAUAAUUAUCGUGAGACGCGGCGACGUCGCGUCGCGUAGCCUACUGGUUAUAACCGUGCGUUGACGCCGACGGCAUCUGCGCACGCUGCUCAUAAUGAAGAGUCCCGCUAUGACUCGAAACUAGUAGAGCUUUUCUCCAUCAAUAUACCGUAAUGAAUCCAUCUUUACAUCAGUUUUAAAAGCAGUGGGUGAGUCAGUCUUAGAGCUUCGAAUUAGACCAGUUAAAUAAGUGUUUACGAAAAUAUUUUUGGUAAAAGUAAAAGUAAAGAUAAAAUUAGAAGGAUCGAUGUUAAUGUGUUCGUAUAGAGGAAGGGCUUUAACUAAUUGGCAAAUAUAACCUAUAUGGAAUAUAAAAAAAUGUUAGGCUAUGUAUUAAAUUAAAGAAGUAUUGUGGUAGUGAAAUGUGUAUAGUGAUGGUUGGGCAUUCGGGAGGACGGAAACAGUAUUUUUUUGUCAUAAACUACAACAUUAUUGAAAUAAUAUGAAAUGUUAAGUUUACUAUAUUAGAUUUUCCAUAAAAAUUUUAGUUCAUUCAGUAAAAUUUAUAUGAGUUUGCUUUACGUUUUAUAAAUUCGAAACGAAAACGCGUUUGGCGCUCUGAUUGGUUGGUUCAUUUGCACCGGCCAAUCAGAGCUUCGAAAGUGCUCUUGUUUCGUUUUCGUUCAACGUAAACCAAACUCGUACUGAAUGCAUAACGAUUUAAUGGUUCAUUAUAAUUAUUAACAACUUAUAAAACACGAUUAUCGACUUAUAAUAACAAUUAUCAAUUAAAAUCAAUAGAUUUUUUUAUAAUCAGUCAUAUAUUCUCCUCCUGACUUUGCCCGUGGUAAGUAAAUAUAAAUGAACCAAUGAUAAUCUCGAUCUAGUGGCCAUUGCACUAUAAAAACGUUGAUUUGAAAACAAAUAUACGUUUAAAACGAAAUGUAUUUAAAUUCAUUAUUAUGUAUUUCAUUUUUAAACAGUUUUAUGAAGUUUAAUAAGCUGUUAGAGAUUUGACUGAAUGGUUUUCUGACACUUUUGAACCUAGGCUACCUAACCUAAACAUUUUUUAUACCCUGUGGUAUUGUAUAUAGAUCAGAGAUGACAAACUAAUUUAUGAUUCGUCUAAUAGAAAGCAGUUACGAAAACGAAACGAGAGCGCGUUCGGAGCUCUGAUUGGUUGGUUCAUUUGCGCUAGCCAAUCAGAGCGCCUCACACGGUCUCGUUUGUUUUCGUACAACGUAAAGCAAAUUCGUAUUAAGGAUAUACAGAUCAAAAGUGAAAAACUAGUUUAUGAUUCGUCUAAUAGAAA